AUGAAUUCAUAAUUAGAAUAGCCUUUUCAAUAUAGACAACUUCGAUCCCAAUCUCUAAGUCCUUAUAAUGAUUUCAAUCUUAUCAAGUAACUCAAGCGAUAAUUACAUUGUUCUGCCCAAAAAACAGCGUAGGUGUUAUCUUUUGAAAAUAAAGCAAAUCAAGAAUAAAUUGAGACAAAUAUCAUUAGCUCAGGUAAUUUAAAGCUUGUAACUUACAUAAGAUUCAAUCAAACACUAAUCCAAUACCUUUAAGAGUAGGAGGAACUCAUUGAUAUUUGAAGGAUAGUCUAUUCCAAUUAAUCCAAUCAUCAAAUAUAGUGUGGAUGUCUCUCAAUUCUACAUCAUAGCUCCUAAGAUUCUAAGGAGCAACAACUACUAAUAAAAAAUAAUCAAAAGAAAAUAAAAACCCAUUAAGCCCAACAAUUCCCAAGAUUUUAACUAUAAGGAUGAUGCGAACAAUCAGUCAACCGUCGAUGCAUAAAAUCCAAGUUGCUAUCCACACACUGAAACUAAAAGACAAAAUAUAUCUAUUCUACCUAACAUAAAAAAAUAAAAAGGAGGAAUUGAAGAGGAAUAUCCUAUUAAGAGAUCUGAGAGAUACGAACAAUUAAUGGUAUUGAAAUACUAAUUUAGAAAUAAACCUGUGAUGACCAACUUAAUGAAUUACAAUCCUUAAUUAAGAAGAUCUAAAAGCCCCCAGUUGGGAAGAAGGAGAAGAAGGUAACAUUUCUUAUUUGA